AUGACCGAGAAUCCUACACGCCCAUUGAACGGUAUGGGUGUCACCAAUCCCGUUUCACGUCGCACGGUCGACUUUCAUCCUGAAAAUACAGUCAAAAUCCUCCCUAUACACCCCAAGGGUGUGAGCGGAAACUCUGUCCUGGACGACUCCGACAGCGCCUCCCUCUCUUCCACGUCAGAAACACACGAAGUGAUUGCCACGGGAGAACAAGUAAAGCGGCCGAUAAUGGCCCGCAAGGCUUCUUCACCUAUGGCGCCUACGUUUAUGGUGUCCGCGCCGGGCAAAGUUAUCGUUUUUGGCGAGCAUGCUGUGGUCCACGGAAAGGCUGCCAUGGCCGCAGCAAUUUCUCUUCGCUCCUACCUUCUUGUUACUACCCUCUCUAAAUCACAGCGCACGAUAACGUUGAACUUCCGGGACUUAGGUCUUAGUCACACUUGGAACAUUGAUGCUCUGCCCUGGGAUAAGUUCCACGAGCCUUCAAAAAAGAAGUUUUAUUACAGCCUUGUUACCGAACUCGACCCAGAACUCGUCGAAGCAAUCGAACCACAUCUCCGGGACGUUUCCAAGGGCUUAGGUCUCCCAGAGGAGCAGCGCAACAUCCACAUCCGCUCCGCAUCCUCAUUCCUCUACCUCUUCCUCUCCCUAGGCUCCCCGCAAAGCCCAGGCGCCAUUUACACCCUUCGAUCCACCAUUCCCACGGGAGCUGGUCUAGGAAGUAGUGCUAGUGUCUGCGUCUGUCUUAGUUCUGCGCUACUUCUUCAAAUCCGUACCCUAGCUGGGCCCCAUCCAGAUCAGCCACCGGAGGAGGCAGAGACACAGAUCGAGCGUAUCAACCGCUGGGCAUUCGUUGGAGAGCUCUGCAUUCAUGGCAAUCCUAGUGGGGUGGAUAACACGGUGUCUGCAGGUGGUAAGGCUGUGAUCUUCCGGCGCGAAGAUUACCUGAAGCCUCCAACAGUCGUUUCCGUGCCCACUUUCCCCGAACUCCCGCUCCUACUUGUCAACACCCAACAAGCGCGUUCCACAAGCACAGAGGUCGCUAAAGUUGCAGCCCUAAGAGAUGCCCAUCCUAUCGUGACGGAGUCAAUUCUUAAUGGCAUUGACCAAGUGACACGCUCAGCGCAACGUUUAAUCGACGAUCCUAAUUUCGAUUUCGGGGACGAGACCGCCCUAGCCCAUUUCGGAACUCUAAUCCGUAUCAACCAUGGCUUCCUCGUCUCCCUAGGCGUCUCUCACCCCCGUCUUGAACGUAUCCGUGAACUUGUUGAUUACGCUGAUAUCGGCUGGACAAAGCUGACCGGCGCAGGCGGUGGCGGAUGUGCGAUUACCCUCCUCCGGCCUAAUGCUAAGGCGGAAGUCAAGCACGACCUCGAACGGAAGUUCGAGGAGGAGGGUUUCAGUACGUACGAGGUUAUCCUUGGCGGUGACGGUGUUGGUGUUCUCUACCCAGCCGUCCUACGCAAUGGCUCGGAUGAAGAGGGUGGCGAGGAGAUCGAUCAACAGAAGUUUGAAAAUGCUGAAGGCCCCGAAGGCAUUGAACGCCUUGUUGGUGUCGGAUUGGAGGAGAGGAGAGAGGGUUGGAAGUUCUGGAAGAGAGCUACGAAUUAA